AUGGUCCAAAAGUACUUAUUCCUGCCGCCCAGUGGAUCCAAACAGAGCCUCGAGGCAUGGGAUCUUGGCUAUGGACCUGGAGAGCAUCUGAUCACACACACUGUGAUCGUCUCAAUUAUUGUGGGUUUUGAAUAUUUAUUUCAUCGUUUUGCACUGUGCAGACCUUUGGAUUUUUUUAUUUUCGCGCUGUGCAAUGACUUUUUCGCUUUUUUUGCACAGUGCAAAGUUCUCUUUCGAAUUUUUCGCACUGUGCGGAAGAAUGCUUUCCGUUUCUUAUUUCUAAGCCUACCUUAGACAUUCGUUGGCUCUCUUCUGAUCACCCUGGUCUACCUUGGCCAAUGCGAUAGGCGUAUUCUGAGUUCGGAGAGACUUCGCAAGAUCUUCAAGCUGAUGGAUGAGAAGGAGAUUGAGAAACACUUGGAGGGCGAUUGGGUUGAGAGUCUGGCAACUAUCGAGUAAGUUGACUAACACAUUACUAUAAGGGGGAAAUUUUUUGGACCAUUUUUUAUUUUUGACUUUUUUGGAUGCUGCUGACAGAUCAUGUAAAAAUUAUUUUUUGGAUCUUGUCAUAAAAUAAUUUCCAUUAUUCUCUGCAAUUUCAGUACCGAAGACCCUUCGGCUGCAGGUCGUAUGCCAGGAACCCCAUUGGAUGGCAAUAGGUCUCCAGCUGUGAUCACGCCCAGUCUUAUGGCCCAAAAUCCAGCGCUUUCCCCCACCUCUCCUGGCACUCCAAAUUCUCCGUUGCCUCCGGGCAUCAGAGAAAUGGCCGUCUCUCCGAGUCCAAAUAUGGCAAAUCCCCCACCGCCUCCGGAUCAAUUCCAAAACAAUCAAUUUGCCCCUAAUUCUCCCGGCAAUUUUGCGCCAGGAGUUAAUGCCGCUGGCGGUGAAGGAACUUUGUUGGCAUCGAUUAAUAGGCCCUAA